AUGCAUACCUCCACAUUGCUCUUAGUCCUCUCCUCGCUUGGUGCUCAUGCAGUUCCUCUCCUCCAUCUUAGGGCAAAUGAUACCCUCGCGCGCAGGGACGGGCAAUAUUCCGUUGUGAAUGUUGCCGGUCUGCCUAGCGCUGAAGCGACCCCCGUCGUCGAGACUGUUACUGUUGGCUCGCCUCCACAGCCCCCGGUGACAAUCACUAUCACCCACACUCCAUCGUCGUCUCCUUCUAGUACUCCUUCUCCCUCAUCUUGGAGCGCUGGGCCAUUGUCAACUGGCAUUCCCAGCAGAGAGUCCCCGAUCGUGGCUCGAGGACUGAACACAACUACCCGGAGAUUCCGAAGGUCUUUCUCUACCAACAGCACUGAAGUCCAUGAUCUUGCUGCUCGUCACAAUGGCACCAUUCCUCACCUUAAUGCUCGGAGCAACAAUACUACCAUCCUGACUGCCCGUGGAAAUAGCACAGAGUCCAAGAUUGCCGCUCGGGGCAACGGUACUGCUACUGGUUUGGGUGCUCGCAGCAACAUUGCCAACUCUCGCCUGGCAGCCCGCAGCAAUAACACUGCGUCUGCUGUCGUCGCUCGCAGCAACAGUACUGAGGCCAACACCAUCACUGCGCGCAGCAACAGCACCAACUCCCGCAUCAGCUCGCGGCUUGAACCUCGCUGA